AUCAAAUUCAAGCUUGAAGUUUUCGGUCUUAAUUAUUCAUGGCCUUAGAAAACUCAGCUUGAAUCAUCAUUAACUCCUAUUGCCUGCAUUAAAUGCUCUUUUAAUUGAAUUAAUAAGGAUUUAAGUAUUUAAAACGUCUCUCUAUAUAUAAAUAAAAAAGGAUCCGUGAUUUUGAACGCUUUAUUGACUAACAUGAAAUUUUUUUUAUCUCCCUUAAUAUAUUAUAAUACAAAUAAUCGAUAAACAAUAUUUUUAUUAUAUCGAGCGAAUUACCUUAAGAGUAGUUACCGUGUAAAAGAGGGAAGGCUCGAUUAGUGGCAUUAUCGUAAAACCUGGAACAGACCACGUGUUGUUAGGUAAGAACGGAUGCGGAAAUGAAAUAUCGUAGUAUGGAAUGCGGACAGCCUCGAGGCGGCAAAGUGGCGGAGCCACUGUUCUGUUUAACUGCAUGUGGCCAGGUGCCUGUUUCGCGCACAUUGACAUGGGGAGUGGACUCUGUCGAAUCAAACGCAAAUGGACGCCACAUCCCGCGGCCGAUAUCGGAUUAAUAGGUCUGGCGGUUAUGGGCCAGAAUCUCAUCCUAAACAUGAACGAUCAUGGAUUCGUCGUGUGCGCCUAUAACCGAACAACGGAAAAAGUGGACCAAUUUUUGCGUAACGAAGCUAAAGGAACGAAGGUCAUCGGUGCACAUUCCUUGGAGGAGUUAGUUGCUAAAUUGAAAAAACCUCGCCGUGUUAUGCUACUUGUAAAAGCUGGCGAUGCAGUGGACAGUUUCGUGGAUAAAUUAGUUCCGCUGCUAGAACCGGGAGACAUAAUUAUCGACGGUGGUAACUCCGAAUAUGUCGACACCACUAGGCGAUGCAAGGCUCUGGAAAACAAAGGCCUACUGUAUGUAGGCUCGGGUGUCAGUGGAGGCGAAGAAGGAGCACGAUAUGGACCAUCGUUAAUGCCUGGAGGAAAUCCAAAAGCAUGGCCUUACAUUAAAGACAUAUUUCAAAACAUCUCUGCUAAAGCUGAUGGCGAACCAUGCUGCGAUUGGGUAGGAGAAGAAGGAAGUGGCCAUUUUGUGAAGAUGGUCCAUAAUGGAAUAGAAUACGGUGAUAUGCAGUUAAUAUGCGAAGCGUAUCAUUUGAUGAAGAGUGCCUUAGGUUUGAGCAACGAUGAGAUGAGUGAGGUAUUUAGUGAAUGGAAUAAAGGAGAGUUAGAUUCAUUCCUAAUUCAAAUCACUAGUGAUAUAUUGAAGUUCAAAGAUGACGAUGGUGAACCGCUCCUAGAGAAGAUAAGAGAUGUGGCCGGACAGAAAGGAACUGGAAAGUGGACAGCAAUAGCAGCCCUCGAUUUUGGAAUUCCCGUCACCUUAAUAGGGGAAGCGGUAUUCAUGAGAUGUCUGUCAUCUCUCAAAAACGAACGUGUGGAAGCCAGUAAACAUUUAAAAGGACCCGAGAACACAAAAUAUGAUGGAGAUAAAAAGGAAUUUAUCGAACAUAUUCGUAAGGCUCUUUAUGCGUCAAAGAUAGUUUCCUACACACAAGGUUUCAUGUUGUUAAGAGAAGCUGCAAAAAUUUUUAAUUGGAAUCUUAAUUAUGGUGCAAUUGCUCUGAUGUGGCGAGGCGGAUGCAUCAUCAGAAGUGUUUUCCUGGGUAACAUCAAAAGUGCUUUCGACAAGUCUCCAAAUCUCUCAAACCUUCUACUGGACAACUUUUUCCAAAAGGCAAUUCAAGAUUGCCAAGAUUCGUGGCGUCAAGUAGUGGCAACCUCCGUCAAAUUGGGAAUUCCCACACCCGCAUUCAGUACUGCCUUAGCUUUCUAUGACGGAAUUCGAUCCGAGAAACUUCCCGCAAAUCUUCUACAGGCGCAGAGAGAUUAUUUCGGCGCCCAUACCUACGAGCUUUUAUCCAGUCCAGGAAAAUUCGUUCAUACCAAUUGGACGGGUCACGGAGGAAAUGUUGCCUCCACUACAUACAAUGCCUAAAUUAAGCAUAUCCAUUAUUGUUUACCGAAUCACGUUAUUAGUUGAAAAUCAUUUGAUUUUGUUAGAGAAAUUUUUCAGAGUUAGUUUUUUUUAAAUAUAUGAAAAUAUUUGGAGAAAUAAAAUGAUGUAUUUUUGUAUUUUGUUUAAAAAUCUUCUAUACGCAACUUUUUAAAUGUAAGAAACACAGAUAGGGCCUAUUAUUGGAUUUGGACCUUUAUAACUGUUAAAUUGAUUGCUUAAUUAGUAUUGUCUCUCUACCAAUAAAUUUUGAAAAUUAA